CUUCAUUUUAAUUUUUAACCUCCACCCUGCUGUGGAAUGCGUGUGUUUUACAGUAGGAUGUGAUGGAUGUGAUCGAACAUGGCGCCUGUGGAGGAUUUGGCAGCAGACUUUAAAGGAAAGGGCAAUACAAUAUUAUUUAAUUCAUCAAAAAAGGAACUCUUUAAAAUCAAUGAAAAUUACAAAACUUUGCACCGAAAAUUGAAAGGAAACUGGAAAGUACUGACGAAUAAAGAUGAGAUCAGUCCUGAUGUACUCUCAGAUGUAACACUGUUUGUUAUUCCUGGACCCAGAGAAAAAUUUACAGAAAAUGAAUUUAACUGUAUGAAAAGAUAUCUUGAUUCAGGUGGAAAUAUUUUGGUUAUGCUUGGAGAAGGUGGUGAGAAGAACUAUCUAACAAAUGUAAACUUUUUACUGGAAGAAUAUGGCAUUAUGAUCAAUGCUGACUGUGUGGUACGAACUCAUUACUACAAAUAUUUUCAUCCAAAAGAAUGUUUGGUUGCCAACGGAAUCCUGAAUAGAGCAAUCGCAUCAGCAUCUGGAAAAUUUCUUGGAAGUAACCAGUAUGACCACAAUAGCAGCCAAGCCCUGAGGUUUGUGUAUCCAUAUGGAGCUACAUUGAAUGUCGCUCAACCAGCCGUGGCAGUGUUAUCUACAGGCAGUGUAGCAUUCCCACUGAAUCGUCCAGUCUGUGCUCUUUAUACUCACACAAAAACCACCUCCGGGUCUCCUGGUGGUAAACUGGCAGUACUGGGCUCAGUUCAUAUGUUUGCUGAUAAGUACAUUGACAAGGAAGAUAAUGACAAAGUGAGGGAUGUUCUGUUCCGGUUCCUCACAACGUCCGAUAUCAUACUGAAUCAGAUAGAUGCAGAUGAUCCUGAGAUCUCAGAUUAUAUCAUGGUACCUGAUACAGCCAGACUGGCAGAAAAACCGCGAGUGUGCCUUCAAGAAACAUCUGAUGAGAUUCCCACAGAUUACCCAAAGCUGUUUAACCAGCGUUUGUUCUCCAUCAACACGGGAUGUGUUCCCGCAGCUAUCCAAGCCUAUCAUGAGCUGAAUGUAAAGCAUGAGCCCCUGCGUCUCAUCACACCACAGUUUGAGACACCUUUACCACCUCUGCAAGCAGCGGUAUUUCCUCCUUCUUUUCGUGAGCUGCCACCACCCAGCUUGGAGUUAUUUGAUCUGGAUGAAGCCUUCAGCUCUGAGAGAGCUCGCCUGGCACAGUUAACAAACAAGUGUCUUAGUGGUGGAGACAGUGGAAAUGAUGAGGCAGAUUUAGAGUAUUUUAUUAGAGAAUGUGGUCGAGAACUGGGUGUCAGUGUUGGGAAUCCUGUGACAGGGUUAGAAUUGGAUGCUAGACAAGUAUUACAUAACGUUAGCUUACACAUAGCUGAAUUCAAGAAAAUAGGCCAUCUUGGAGUGUGACUGGCAUUGAAGUGUUUAAUGUCCAUAUAUUGAUGUGCCUUUAUGCAUCCUGCAUACCUCAAGUGGUGAAUAACAUACAAGGGGGGACCCAAAAAUAACCGGAAACGACCUGUUGCGCGCGCAUGCUUUGUAGUUACGAGUUGU